AUGCCGCCCACGGACGACAGCUCGCGCAUUUGGCGGGCCUCGAUCGGCGUGGCGGCCAUCAACGCGGCCUGCCUCGCCGGCACGCUACUCUGCCUGCAGUCCGCGUCCGAAGCGACGGGGUGGGUAUCCGUGGCGGGAGCGGUGUGGGCGUUUGGCUCGUAUGGCAUCCUCAUCAAGCUCCCAGAGGUGUCCGCCGCAGACCCGCCCAUAUUUCAGCUCUACUUCUCGGCCGGGGUUGCCCUCAGCUCGAUCCUCGUCCUCGCACUCACGCCCUUCUCCUUCUCCUUCUGGGGGUUUGCGGGCGCAUCCCUUUGGAUCAGCAGCAUGAUGUGUGGCAAAAUUGGCAUCGACGGGAUCGGCUAUGGCGUCGCUGUGGCGACGUGGGGAUCGACGACGAUGAUCGUCAGCUUUCUGUGGGGCACGCUCGUCUUUGCUGAGCGGCCCAGCUCCGUCACCGGCGCCGUGGCGGCGCUUUGCACCUUGGCUGCCGGCGUCGCCGGAGUGGCAACAGCGCAGAGCGGCAGCCUCGGCCCGCCGGAAGCCGAGGCCGCAGCCGAGGCCUUCUUGAAUCCGGCGGAGGGCCGCGUGGGCGGUGCUGCCGCGAGGGCGGGGGCUGGCUGGCUGGGCGCCCUCGGCUGCGGCCUCCUUAAUGGCUCGCUGAUGGUGCCGUUCCACUACUUUUCCGAGGAGCGCUCUGGGCAGGACGGGGCGAGCGUCGGGAUGGGGUACAUCGCCACCUUUGCGACGGGCGUGGCGGCGGUCCAGCCCAUCUUCUUCCUGCUAUACGCGCGGGUCCCCUUCCGACCGCAGCCGCCGCUCUUGUGCUCCGAGCUCGCGCUGCCCGGUCUCAUCACCGGCGUGUUUUGGGCCAUCGGAAACUUCGAGUCCACGUUCGCUACCCUGCACCUAGGGCAGGCCGUCGGGUACCCCCUCACCCAGACGUGCAUCGUCGUGGCGGGGCUCUGGGGCGCGCUCUUCUUCGGAGAGAUCCGAGGCGCGCCGUCCCUGCUCCUCUUUUCCGUCUCCGUGCUGGUGAUCAUCGGAGGCGCCGUCUUGCUUGGGAUGUACGGGAAGUGA